AUGGGGCUGGCGGGCGUGCCGCGGCCGGGGCGCCUGGGGCUACUGCUGGGCGCCUACGCGCUCUUCCUGCUGUUGGGCGCCGCCGUGUUCGCCGCCCUGGAGGGGCCCCCCGAGCGCGCCCUGCGGGCCGCCCUGCGCGGCGCCCGCGACGCGCUGCUGGCCGAGCACCGGCCCUGCCUGUCGGAGCAGCAGCUGGCCGGGCUGCUGGCGCGCGUGCUGAGCGCGGGCGGCUACGGCGCGCUGGCCCUGGCCAACGGCUCCGGCGACGCGCGCUGGGACUUCGCCUCGGCGCUCUUCUUCGCCGCCAGCGCGCUCAGCACCACCGGUUACGGACACGUGGUCCCUCUCUCGGACGGGGGCAAACUCUUCUGCAUCUUCUAUUGCCUUCUGGGCAUCCCAGCAACGUUGUUGUUUGCCACCUGCUUACUCCAUUGCCUGUUGCCCCUCCUAAGCUACCGGCCAGUGCAGUACCUUCACACCCGCUGGGGCUUCCCGCGGGCACACGUGGCGUUAGGGCACUCGGUGGUGCUGGGCUUGGCCACCCUGACGCUCUUCAUCCUCAUCCCUGCCAUCUGCUUCUGGGCCCUGGAGGACAACUGGACCUUCCUGGAGUCGAUAUACUUCUGCUUCAUCUCGCUCAGCACCAUCGGCCUGGGGGACUUCGUACCCCAGGGCAGCUCGCAUCCAUCGGUCCAUGAGCUUUAUGAGCUGAGCCUCACCUGUUACCUGCUGAUAGGUUUGCUAGCCAUGGUCGUGACACUGGAAACAGCCUACCAGCUCCGAGAAGUCCGUGCUGCUGUCCAUUUCUUUGCCCCGUCCUGCAGCUCGCCGCCGGAGGAGGAUCAUCUGGGAAUCGUGACCAGGGAUCAGCUUGCCUUGACCACCAAUCUCGGACUCUGCUCCCCUGAGAGUUUAACUGAAAGGGGUGCCCCUUCGUGUGACUCUCCCACCACACCCUAACUGCACCCACAAAUCCCCUCCAGUAUUCUCCCUCUUAGAGCGGAGGUCUAGUAGACAAAUGGAGAUCUUUUGGGGCAAGGAGGGAUGAAUUUUGCACAAUUCAACAGAGUUAGGCUU